AUGAAGGAACAGCAGCAAGCCAGGAACCCCGAUAAUCAGUUCCGUACCCCGCGAAGACCAAGCACACACGUUCCAACAACUGGAAGAUCCAGGAACCGAUCACCAGAGUCGGCCUCGGCAAGCAGCCGCAACAGGACCUCGUUGCCACGGGCCCAAUCAACCCUCACCCAGAUCGAUUUUGUGACUCAGUCCACAGCGCUAGAGGUCGAGCAGCUUGAUUAUAUCAACGAACGAACUCGCGAGCCGGACCAGCCGGCCGAAACAUCGAGAACCGACGAUGGCUCCGACAAGGAUUCAGACUAUCUUCCAGCGCCCCCGGUACGGUCAGCUCGCACCACAAAAAUAAAGCCGAAUGAGCAGGCACAUGGGUUGACCGAGCGUCCUGUCAAACGGAUGAGUGCUGGGCUUGUUGGGGAUGCAGACCGAGGACACAGACCGCGCAAGAGCGAAACCCCAAGGCCGAGUGGUCGCUCCAAAGGAAACCGCAAACACCUAGAGAAGUCAACAGGCAAACGGGACAAGACGUUAACCCAGAUGGACUUUGUACGACGUUACAUUACCAUCGCCGAUGAUGACGACGGUGUCGACAUGGGGUAUAUCCAGCCAACAUCACACAAGAAUGAUAUCGGAAGCGAGCAAAAAAAGCCUCUUCCGGAAACACAAGAGCCGCAAAACGUGAAGCGUACCACUCCCGCGAAAAGGAGCCGAAGAAUAUUUGAAGAAGAACUGGACCUCUCAACCGGAGACCCCAUUCCGCAGUCCCAUGCAACACAAGACCGGGAACCUGCAGCUGAGAACAAAGGUCCCAAAAUGCCAGCACAGACGGAACCAGUGACACCACAAAAAUCUCGAAGGCGCGAGAUCCCUUCGUCACAAACGCCCGAGAGCCCUGGCCUCACUAUUAUAACAUCCUCUCAGUUCCGUAGCGCUACUCGUUCGCCUUCUAAAAGAACACUACCCAACCCGUCAAAUGAUCAUACGCAAGGUGUCAAACAGGAGUCUCCAGAGGAGAGGAGGGUAGUAGAUGAUUCACAAAGCCGCGGCCAUACGCCCUCCCUAUGGAGAACAGAAACAGAAUCCCAAAACAAGCCUGAAUCUCUGAACAUGCCCCCGCCAAACAACUCUGAGCACUUCUCCUCAUCGCAACCCCCUCGACAGUUUGAUUCCCAAGAACUACCCUUUGGGGAAGAAGACAUUUCGAGAGAUGAGCGAACCAAAAGGGAGAGAACGGUCAUUUAUGAAACAGAUGCAGACUCUGACUACGACGAGACCGAAGAAACCGAAGAAACCGCAAACAGAAGCUCUGUGACCCCAACGCCCACGAAUGCAGACCAUGUAGUCCGCCAGGCCAGCUCUCAGGUGGUUCAAAAUGGUCCAGAGUCACCAGACGAUGAUUCACCAGACCUCCCUCUCCCUGAUGCAGACGCUCCAUCGAGCCUCAACUGGGACGACGCUCCCCCAUCCGAACCUCCGAUGUCCGAUGCAUCUGUUUGCUAUCAAAGGAUGCACGCCGCCACGCAAUUCCCACACGAGCCAAUUCCAACUCUGAGCACGCAGAAAAUGGCAGAGCUUUUCCCCUCAGAAGGCAAUACCCAGAUCUCGAAACCUGGAUCAUUACCGACCCGAGGCCAUAUACCAGGGCCAUUCUCGCAAACACAAUCACAGAGCCAAGGUGACAAAGAUCCUACAGAAAUGGUCCCUGAAUCUUCACCGGUGCGAGAAAAUGAUGAUAAUGAAGCGGAUCACGCUACAUUCCAACGACCUCAGGCUCCUCAAUCAGUGGUACAAGUCGAGUCCUCGCAAGCGGUGGAUCGAGAUGGCCAGUGGCAGGGAAAUGUUCUCUCUCGGAGCCAAAUCCUGACAUCCAGUGUCAUGGAGAGUGUCCCAAUGCCGAACUUCUGGAUGGGAAGUCAGGAUAGUGUGGGUGAGCCCUACAGCUAA